GUUCAUACUUUUAAUUCUCUUAGCAUUGGUUAAUUUUCAAGAAAUUCAUUAAUGAUGACAAUGCUUCUACAUUUUUGUUUAGCAGCAUUCUUGAUAUUGUUUUGUUUAAAUGUUCAACAAUGUGAAGCUAGUAGAAUAUUAUAUGAUGAAGAAGAUAUAAGCAAAGAGCUCGGUCUGCAAUCUCUCCAAAAGGGUAGUGUACCUGGCGGUGCCUCGGGAUGCACUCACAUCCCCGGGACUGGAGGACCCCCCUGUCCUACUGCCAUUAAUUCCAUGAAUUUUGCCGGUAAUUUUCAUGCUCGAGCUGCUGCUUAUCCUCCGCUUAUGGUUGAUUUUGGUGUUGCUACCGCUACUACUACUACUAGUCAGAAAUGAAGUUGAUCGAUUUGGGGUUUCUGAUGAUAAUAUAGGAAAAUUGCAGCUCCUAAAUUAAACAUUUAUACAAUUUAUACUAUUGUAUUUUUUUGUUCUUUCAUUUUUUGUAAUCCUAAUGGAACUUGUACAUUAAUUUGAUUUGUAAUAUAGAGCAUAUAUGUUCUUUCU